CACUACAAAAGAUAAGAAUCGAAAACAACUAUAGUAUUGUUCUCUCUAAAAUAUGAGUACACUAGCCACCACGAUUUAAGAUAGUCGCUAUUAUUGUCUACCUAUGUUAAACCUAAUUUUGAUAUUUUGAUUUAAUAAUUAUAAUUAAUAUUAUACUACCAAUUAUUUAUUAUCUUUUAUUCCUUUAGAUAAAACGUAUUUGUUGUAUAAACUAUAAAUUAAGUUACAUCAAUAUAAACAAUGAGGUAUGCUCAGUUGGUGAUGGGACCAGCCGGAAGCGGGAAGUCCACAUAUUGUUCAGCUGUAGCAGAACAUAUUGAAAAUGAAAAAAAUUCAGUGAUGGUAGUUAAUUUGGAUCCAGCAGCUGAACGUUUCAAAUACUCUCCAACUGUUGAUAUUCGUGAAUUGAUUCACGUUGAUGAUGCUAUGGAUGAUGAUAUAUUGCAUUUUGGACCCAAUGGAGGAUUGGUAUUUUGUAUGGAAUAUUUAAUAGAAAAUCAAGAUUGGCUUAGGGACCAGUUGGGUGAAGACGAUGAUGAUUAUAUUCUAUUUGAUUUGCCUGGACAAAUAGAACUAUAUACUCAUAUGAAAACUGUUAAACAACUGGCAGAAUUACUUCAAAACUGGGGAUUCAAUGUGUGUUCAGUUAUGUUGAUCGAUUCUCAGUUUAUGGUAGAUGGACCAAAGUUCAUUUCUGGAACAAUGGCUGCUUUAUCAGUUAUGAUAAACUUAGAACUUCCGCAUGUUAAUGUUCUUUCUAAAAUGGACUUACUUAGUAAAACAGCUAGAAAACACUUGGACAAUUAUUUAGAGCCAGAUACUCGUGCAUUGCUGUCUGAUGUAAAAAAUCAUACAACCUGGGGAAAGAAAUAUCGGUAUUUAUCUAAAUGUAUUGGUAAAAUGAUCGAAGACUACAGUCUUGUCCAAUUUGUACCAUUAAACAUAAAAGAUGAAGAAAGUAUUUCUGGUUUACUAUAUACUAUUAACACAAUGAUUCAGUAUGGCGAAGAUCAAGAUGUUCGGAUGACUGAUUUUGAUCAACAAGAUUCAGAUGAUAAUGCAGGAGGCGCUGAAGAAUUUGAUUAGAGUUAAAGUAGGUUACACAUUUUUAGUGAUACAAUUUAUGUAUAAUUAAAUUUGGAUAAUGUUUUGAAUGUGUAACCGUUAACAUUAUUAUUAAUUGUGAAGACUGUGUUAUUAUUAUUAAAGUUAUACAUUGAUUAAAUUGAGAAAAUAAAAAAAAAAAUAUGUGUAACUAUAGAA